AUGAAUAAAUUUCCUCCUCCGCCUAGACGAGGGUUGGUAGAUGGAGGGACUAGUGGAAGUGUGCGAACCUUCAGAGGUACGGAUAGAGUUUUCAUUGAACUGCAAAUGCCGAGCCACGGUGCGGCUAAAGUCUCUAAGCCUCACCACACCAGUGGCCUUCAAGAUCCAAACCUCAUCCCCCAACAAGUUCCUCGUUAACCCACCCAGUGGACUCAUUCCCCCCUUGUCCGUCGCCACCUUCCAGGUCAUCCUCAAGCCACAAUCCAAUCUCCCACGCUCCUACCCUCGCUCCCCCUCCGACCGUUUCCUCAUAAAAACCGCAGAGUUCGUCGCCGACUCCUCCUCCAUCAACGCUUGGUUCGCCUCUCGCCCCUAUGGUUUCUCCACUUGUGACCUCAAACUCAAGGUUGCCUUCGUGGGUCCCCUCCUUCUCCACGACGCCGUCACUCGCGGAGAUUUAGAUGCUGUCAGGAACUUGAUUAAACGACAGCGUUCCCUCCUCCCCGAUUUUUCCCCCACCCAAGCUGACUCGCUCCUCCGCGUCGCCACCCGCUUGGCUAACCCCGACGACAUGGUUCACCUCCUCCUCGAAGCCGGCUUAAGAAUUCACGACCCCCUCCACUCCAAUAACCUCAGUGGCCCUCAUCAGGUACACGUGGCGGAUCCGAACAUAAACAUUGCUGGUGACCACAAAGAGGUGGUGGAGAUUGAGGAGCAAGAAGAGGCAAUACUAGAGGCUUCUAGGCGUGGAGAUGUGAAGCAAUUGGAGUGGCUGUUACGGAGUGGUGGGAGGGACAAGUUCUGUGAUCAUUAUGGUUUGACGGCGCUUCAUGCUGCGGCUGUUAAAGGACACAAGGAUGUGGUGUUGAUGCUUAGUGAAGCGGGCUUGGACUUGGAAUGUCAAGACGAGGAAGGUCACGUGCCCCUGCAUAUGGCUGUGGAGGGUGGCGAUAUAGGGACCGUUCAAGUCUUUGUCGACAAAGGUGUGAACCUUAAUGCUACGAACAAGAGGGGUGCCACCCCUUUGUACAUGGCUAGAGUUUGGGGAUAUGAUGAUAUCUGUCAGUUACUUGUUAGCCGGGGAGCAUUGUCAUCUCUUCCUGCCACUUUCACUUGAAAAUGCAUUGUUAUGAUCCAAAAUGAGGAUCAAGGGUCUGAAUUAGAAGACUGCAAUGAUCUCGGUAGACCGAUCUCUCAAACUAAAUUAGGUGCAAUAGAGUAAGACCCAAAUACUUAAAAGGAUUGUGUGGUUCCUUGGUAUGGAAAGAGGUGUAUUCUAGGCUAAACCUGAAUACAGAGAAACAUUGCCUAGAAUUGGGUUGAUUUGUUAGUUGUGGUGCUUUGUGAAUCCUUAGCUAGUCUAACUUUAUGUAACUAUUCUCAAUUCAAUAAAAAGAAAAGUCUCUCUUUUAGGUUGUGGAUAAAAAUAUAUAUUUUUAUAAAAGAAAUU